AGGUAAGCCAGUGAUGAUCAUCACAGAGUUCAUGGAGAACGGAUCCCUGGACACGUUCCUCAAGAAGCACGACGGUCAGUUCACGGUGAUCCAGCUGGUGGGGAUGCUGCGUGGCAUCGCCUCCGGUAUGAAGUACCUGUCUGACAUGAGCUACGUGCACCGGGACCUGGCCGCGCGCAACAUCCUGGUCAACAGCAACCUGGUGUGUAAGGUGUCCGACUUCGGCCUGAGCCGAGUUCUGGAGGACGACCCGGAGGCCGCGUACACCACGCGGGGAGGGAAGAUCCCCAUCCGGUGGACCGCCCCCGAAGCCAUCGCCUACAGGAAGUUCACGUCGGCCAGUGACGUGUGGAGCUACGGCAUCGUCAUGUGGGAGGUGGUGUCCUAUGGGGAGAGGCCUUACUGGGAGAUGUCCAAUCAGGAUGUGAUCAAGGCGAUAGAGGAGGGCUACCGCCUGCCGGCCCCCAUGGACUGUCCCGUGGUGCUGCACCAGCUCAUGCUGGACUGCUGGGAGAAGGGUCGCAGCGAGAGGCCCAAGUUUGGCCAGAUCGUCACCACGCUGGACAAGCUGAUCAGAAACCCAGCCAGCCUCAGAGAGCUGGCCAACAGCUCAGGGCAGGACCCCAGCACCCCUGAGUUCAGCGUGAGCACGGUGGACGAGUGGCUGGAGGCCAUCAAGAUGGGCCAGUACAAGGACAACUUCUCCAGCUCCGGAUACGUCACGCUGGACUCUGUCCUCUACAUCAGCGUCAGUGAGCUGGCUAAGAUGGGCGUGGGUCUGGCCGGCCACCAGAAGAAGAUCCUGUCCAGUGUGCAGAGCCUGCAGACCCAGGGGACGCACGUCCAAGUAUAACAGUUGUUCAUCAAUCCACGCUCACACAACGCCACUACCCAGCCAUAGUGGACGCUCCUGCUAAGAGAUUACGGGACCCGUAAUGGAUGCUCCCUUGUUCCUCACUCCCGCCGCCCCCGCCGCCCUUCCUACUCCCACUCCUCACCCGAUUUCAUUCCUAAGACACCUGGUGAUGUCGGAGACAACAUAGACGUUUGGCUCUCGCGUCACCAUCCACCCCUCAUACUGCAGUUACAGUUACAAUUAAUCUCUGCCUCUGAUGAAACAAACACCACUGGCUUCAAGCACUCAGCAAAGACCUCCACCACACAGCGAAAACAAGGUCUUCUUCACGUCUCCUGCGGCUCGGGACGGGGAUUCACUCCAUAUCAGCUCAAGUAAUAAAAAAAUAAAACAGAAAAAAAGUUUACAAUCGAAAAAAAAAACGUCAAAAAUAAGUCAAAGUAUAAUUAUCAUCACCGUCUGUGAAAGUGUACAGUUUGUUUUUACUGUAUGUUUUGUUUUUUUGUUUUCUGUUUUAAUUUCUUCUUCCUAAUUUGAGAAUAGCUAUUUGAGUUUCCACCUGCUGAUGUGCAAAAAGAGUUAGAGGAUGUAUUUGUGGAGAUUAUAUGUUUAUACGGUAUAGGCUGUGUAUCCCCAAUAGAGAUGGACCUAACGUUUGUGUCGGUGGAAAAGGUUUACAUGGGUGGACCUUAGGAGUUGUCCUUUCCCCUGACCUCUCUCCCCUUUGAUCUCUGUAUACAGAAUGCUCUCGGAUAAGCCAAGACUAAGCAUGGCAUGAAUGUGUGGGGAGUCUUGGGUAUAGACUAAAUAAUGGACCUGCCAGGGUAAACUAGGGUGUGAAUGUCGGAACGAAGCCUAUGUACGAUGAAAUGCAAACAUGCGUUCUUUGAAGGGGUAGGGCUUGGUGGGUCACAACUUUCAGAUACACUUCCGUAGCACCAAGCUAAAAAAAGUGCAUGUUAGCUAGCUUGCCUUCACCCAUGGUGUAUACUGGUGCUGUAUAGAAAUUAAAGAAAUGAACAGAAGCAGACAUUGAUAGGGGAGUUCGGUUUGCGGUUGGAUAUAUGUUUUGCUCUUCCAGAUACAAACAACCAAACAUUAUUUAUUCUUUUAAGAAGUCCUGCAAUAAGAUGGCGUUGCUCAGGAUAUUGACUGAGCGUUGGUUUAUUUGGACAGUUCCAUCCAUGAAAUGUUUUGCCUUGGCUGUGAUUCCUAAUCUAUCUGAGAGUGGUGGGAUUGUGCACGGAGACACGGGGGCCCGUGGCGGCAGGUGUAGACACCGCUUCCAUUCUGUCUAGCUUGCAUGUUGUCGGAAACUAAACAUUGCACGUGUUGUGCUUUCUUCCCAAACAUUACCUCGCCAAAGACUGAGUGGUGAGCAGUCGUGAGUCGCGAGUUGUCGAGACGAUGUCUAGCAAACCUUCGACAGUGAGAAAGGCACACAUCGUCACACAUCUGUGAUAGAGCUAGGCCAAUAAUAACCAUAAAGACAGUUUCUGAGGCUGUGCAACUAUCAGAAGGUACAUUAUACUUAUGGCAAUGAUUUGCAUCGGUGUGUGUGUGUUUGUCUGUGUGUGUGUGUGUGUAAAGGUAUGACUGUUAGGGUGUGCGUGUGAUUUUGUUAGUGAGUGUCCGAGUCAAUGUGUGUGUGUGUGUGUAUGUGCACACGUGUGUAUCUUACAGCCUCAUUCUCACGUUAUCAGUUGUGGUUGCCUAUCGGGAAAAACGUUGGUUUUGCCAGAGUCAACCAGAUCAUUUUAAAACAGGGUCACACCCAGGAUGUGAAUACAAGACGGUCGACUACAGCGUCACACACACGGGGACCCGCUACGGGCACACUCGACUGCACCUCAGCCUGCUUGAUGCGUUCCUCCCCGAGUUGCGUACUCCGUAGAAACAGUGCAGUAUAUAUGAUUGUAACAUAGUGUAAAAUAUGUACAGUGUUGUUAGAUUUGUUUGUAAUGAAGAUGGCGACUAUGAUGACUAGGAUGUGCUUUUAUCUUGAUGGAGAAGAGAGAUUCCCACAGGGGUUGUGGUCGGAGGAGCUGGGGUCGUACCCAACAGGUGGUAGAAGAUGAUUUGCAGGUCUUAAACGACGGAAUGUAGCAUAGGUGCAAAAGCUUGUAUUUUGAUUGGCAGGUAACAGUGUCUGCAGUUUCUUCCAUAGAGUUACAUCGAGUAGAAUGUGGUUCUGUCGGCGUCCGAGUAAUGGUGAAUUCACCUGAUUAAUAACGAUGUUGCAUACUUAACAGUGAUUUGGACAUUUUGUGAAACACAUUCAUAGUCCCAUACAAAUGUCCCUGUAUGCAGGUACGAUUCACACCACUCAAUGUGUUCUGGAGAAGCCGAAGACACGGGCGCAUUCUACUCUCUCUAACUCUAUGCUAUCUCUCCCGCGGUCUUCUCUUGUCCGCUGGACUUUUAGAUGCCUUAUUUGCUGAACUGUCUUUCAUUAUUUCCGUUGUUCUGUAGGAAGGGGAGGGGGUGGUCAGGAUUUUAUGUGUGUGCGUGUGUGUGUGUGUGUGCGUGUGUGUGUGUAUAUAGUAUUUAUCUGUGUUCUAGAGGUAACCUCACAUCAACACCCCCUUGGUUUUAUGGUUUUACUAUUGUCCCGGAAAACCUCGGAGUAGCACCUCCAUUUCAAAUACCUUUAUCCUAAAAUGGUAUUGUCCUAUUAUAAAAACAAAAAAUAAUAAAAAGUAUUUUAAACAAUGGGGGGAGGGGGGAGGGGUGGUGGAUGUUGCCAGCCUGACAGACAUGCACACGUACAAUAUUUCUCAUGUUUCCAACGGUUAAAGAUGAAGGGGCACGAGGUACGGUUGCUCAGAGCGCCCAGGCAUCGUCGGCGAGGAGACACCGCUUGGUACAGACCACGCUGUCUCGAUUGUGGAAGAAUUGAAACAUUGAAAUACCUUCAAUAAAUGUUGUUACCUGACCGUCGGGGACGCCCCUCAGCUUCGUACACCUGGGUGCCAUCCUUUCUUUUUCGUAUUUUGAAGUGUAUUUUUUUAUUUUUGUUCAAGUUUCAACAAGCUCGUUCACCUCAAUGUUCAUGGUGGGGGGGGGGGGGAGGAUUCAAGGAAUCCUGAAAGGUCGACCACAUGCGCUUGAGUGUCGCCCGAAACACCCCCGUCCACUUGAUCUAUCGUCGGUUGGCCCGUCCGGUCGCAGACACAAAUAAUGUUCCCUGCUCCUCCGCCCACCAAGAAUGCGUCGUAAAUCUUCCUGAGUGAUUCUCAAUUAGAUUCUUCCCUAGCUUCCUCCCUCCUCUCUCUCUCUCUGUCUCUCUCUCUCUCUCUCUCUCUCUCUCUCUCUCUCUCUCUCCCUUUUUUUUUUGCAUUCAGUGCUCCUUUGUCCCCAUUGCAGGUGUGUCAGCGCUGCUUGUUCUGAAGGUUGUAGGCAUUCUAAUGUCCUCCAAGUUGCUGUAAUAAAUAUGCUAAUAUUUCUAAUUUCUCACCUGAA